AUGACGGGUGUAGAUAUAGAUGCAGCAGGAGCAGCUCCUGCUGCUGCUGCUGAGGGCAGCGGGAAGGAAAAGGGCAGCAGCAGCUGCUGCAGUGAGAAGAGUAGCAGCAGCAGCAGCAGCAACAGCAGUAACGACAGCAUCAACAGCAACAAGGAAUGCCACAGCAGCAGCAACGCGGAGAGCAGCAGCAACAGCAGGACCGAUAACAGCAGCAGCAGCAGCAACGACGGCGGGAAUGACAACAGCAAGGACAGCAGCAGCUGCUGCAGCAAGGACAGCAGCAGCUGCUGCAGCAAGGACAGCAGCAGCUGCUGCACCAAGGACAUCAGCAGCUGCAGCAAGGACAGCAGCAGCUGCAUCAACGACAGCAGCAACUGCAGCGGUACGGACAGCUACAGCAGCAGCGUAAGCAAGAGGAGGAAGAGCAGCAGCAGCACCAAUGCAUGCAGCAGCACAAGCAUGCAAGGCUUCGAUACCCAAACAGAAGCUGCAGCAGCAGCAGCAGAUGCUGCUGUUGUGGAUAUUCCUGCUGCAGCAGAUGCCGCUGCUGCGUAUACCCCUGCUGCAGCAGGUGCUGUUGCUGCAGAUACUCUUACUGCAGCAGAUGCUGCUGCUGCGGAUAUUCCUGCUGCAGCAGAUGCUGCUGCUGCAGAUAUUAGUGCAGCAGCAGAUUCUGUUGCUGCAGAUAUUCCUGCAGCAGCAGAUGCUGUUGCUGCGGACACUCUUGCUGCAGCAAACAUUGCUGCAGCAGCAGAGGCUGCAGCAGCAGUUGCUGUUGCAGCAGCAGUUGCUGUUGCUGCAGCAGACGCUGCUGCAGCAGACGCUGCUGCAGCGGAUGCUGCUGCAGCAGAUGCUGUUGCUGCAGCAUAUAGGCCACGCGAAUGGGAUUCCCUUGGUGCGCUCUCCAACAACAGCAGCAGCACCGAUAGCAGCAGCAGCAGCAGCAGCAGCAGCAGUAGCAGCAGCAGCAGUAAUGAAGGAGGUAACGACAGCAGCAUUGAUGCAGACAGGGGAGACACAAGUGCUGCUGUUAGGGAGGCUCCCUCCACUGUAGGAGAAGCAGCAACAGCAGCAGCAACAGCAGCAGCAGCAGCAACAGCAGCAGUGAUUGCAACAGCUGCUGCUGCUGCUGCUGCUGCUGCUGCGGGUGACCCUUGCGCUAGCAGCAACAACAGCAGUGGGGACAGGAGCAGCAGUAGCAGCGGCAGCAACAACAACAACAACAGCAGCAGCAGCAGCGGCGGGGACACUAGCAGCAGCAGCAGCAGCAACAUCAGCAGCAGCAGCAGCAGCAUUAGCAGCAGCAGCAUGAGGCCUCGCACAACAGCCUAUAGCUUUAUACCUGGUAAGGGCAACAGGACUCGCAGCAGCAGCAGUCCUAUCAACAGCAACAACAGCAGCAGCAGCAGCAGUAGCAGCAGUAGCAGCAGCAGCCCCACCAGCAGCAGAAGCGUUCCAGCGGAUGCAAGCAGCAGCAGCAGCAAGAAUGCCAGAAGCAGCAGCAACACCGGCAGCAGCAGCAAUAACAGCAGCAGCAGCAGCAGCAGCAGCAGCAGCAGCAGGAACGAUCAACCUGGUGUCCAGGUAAUAAAUUGUGGGAAUUGUGGUCAUCCGGUCGUCUUCGACCCAAGCAGCAGCAGCAGCAGCAGCAGCAGCAACAGCAGCAGCAGCAGCAGCAGCAGCAACAAGAGGAAGGAGCCCUCUUCUUCGUCAGACUUUGAAUGUUGUAUUUGUAUGGAUGAUAUUCAUGACCCUGUUGUUACUAGAUGCGGACACCUUUUUUGUUGGGGCUGCCUGCAUGUAUGGCUGCAGCAGCAAUCUGUUUGCCCAAUAUGCAAAGCAAAUGUAUCUGCAGAGACUGUUACUCCUAUCUAUGCUAGAUAUACUAACCCUAAGAUGCAUGCGCACCAGAGGCACCUGUAA